AAAAGGUAAGAUAGUUGAAGGGGACUCAGCGAAGUUAACAAAGGAGCUAUGAUGAGCCGCAAGAGAGACAAACCCUACACAUACCGCAACACACCGGCGCGAAUUUCGAAACGCCGGCGACCAUGGGCACCACCACCGUCAUCGGAACGCGAUGAGAUCAUCGACAAACCAACCGCUAAACCUCCGCCGCCACCGGCGCUGAUCGUUAUGGGACUUCCCGCCAACUGUUCAGUCCUGGAGCUAAAAUCUCGAUUCGAGAUCUACGGUUCAAUCUCCCGGAUACGGAUCGACAAAGACGGGUUCGGAUCCGUUUCGUACCGCACAGUCGAGUCAGCAGAAGCUGCCAUUGCUUGUAGUCACGAGCCUUCUUUUGGUAUCUCCAUCGAUUCCAAAAAGGUGGAGGUGGUUUGGGCGACGGAUCCGUUGAUGAAGUGGAAGGAAGGUGUGACGGUGGUGGUUGAAGGAAACGAUAAAACGACGCCGUCUCUGUCGUCGAAGCUUGUUCGACCUGUGAUGCCUUUAAGAAAACACGGGAGAAGUAAUAGGUUAGCGUCAGCUAUAGUCAACCCGAGAAGUAAUAAUUAUAACGACGGAGAGAUCGGUGGUGGAUCUCCGGUGAGGAUAAGGGAGAUUAAACAGAGAAAUAUUGUAGCUUACGAUGAUAUCCUCUAACAUUGUAGCUUACCUUUUUAAUAUUCAUUCUUUAGCAAAAGUGUAUUCUCAUCUCAUAUGUGGGUAAGGUUUGGUUCUUUCAAAUUCAAUCAGACUUUGUGAAUGAGUUUUGAGUUCUA